AUGUUGUGUUCUAAGAAGCUGCAGCUUCUCUCCUGCGCCGUCCUCCUUUCUCCGCAGUUUACCUCCGCCUUCUAUCUGCCAGGUGUCGCUCCAACAUCAUACGACCAAGGACAGCUAGUCCCGCUUCACGUUAAUCGCAUUACCCCUGCGAUAUCUGAGCUUGAUGAACAGCUUCAUUCCGUCAUCCCCUACGACUAUUAUCAUCCUGCUUUCCAUUUUUGCCGGCCAAAAGAUGGCCCGAAAUACGUUCGGGAGUCGCUCGGCAGCAUUGUAUUUGGGGACCGUAUCCGCACCUCUCCCUUCGAUCUACAUAUGGCCAAGAAUGAAACUUGCAAGCCAUUAUGUUCUGACGUGACAUUUGACCCUAAGAGUAGCAAGUUCGUUAAUCGCCUGAUAUGGCAGCACUAUAAUAUUAACUGGUUGAUCGACGGACUCCCCGCCGCUCAGAUCAAUAUCGACGAGCAAACCGGAACCGAAUUCUAUAGCCCCGGAUUCACCCUAGGUUCGGUGGACGAUGACGGCCAAGCAAUUCUCAACAACCACUAUAACAUUUUAAUAGAUUAUCACACAGUUAGCGGCUUGGGGAAGGAAAUCAAAUACCGGGUUGUUGGUGUUCUAGUUCUCCCGGAAUCGCACAAGAAUAGCAAAAUUGUGGAUGGGAAGGCAGAAUGCGACCUAGACGGACCUCCCGUUGUUCUCGAUGAGGAAGAGGAUACCACAAUUGCGUGGACAUACAGCGUGUUCUGGAGGGAAUCUCCAACCGUGUGGGCAACCCGCUGGGACAAAUAUCUUCACGUCUUCGACCCGAAUGUUCAUUGGUACUCGCUCAUCUACUCUGCCGUAUUCGUUGUCUUGCUUGUCGCCUUGGUGAGCUCUAUUUUGCUCCGCGCUUUAAGAAAAGACAUUGCGAGAUAUAACAGGUUGAAUAUGAUCACUUUGGACGACUUGAAUGACACCUCUGCAACUGUCGAGGAUGGAAUUCAGGAGGAUUCUGGGUGGAAGCUAGUCCACGGAGACGUGUUCCGUUGCCCAAAGCACCCUCUUCUCCUCAGCGUAUUCUUGGGGAAUGGUGCACAGCUGUUUGUGAUGACCGGGAUCACAGUCCUUUUUGCGCUCCUCGGAUUACUUUCCCCUUCAAAUCGUGGAUUCCUAGGGACAAUAAUAUUGAUCCUUUAUACUUUCCUCGGAUUUAUUGGUGGCUACGUCGCUGCGAGGGCAUACAAAUCAUUUGGCGGCGAAGCAUGGAAGAAACUCAUAGUUCUCACACCAGUUCUAACUCCUGGAAUUGCCUUCUCAACAUUUUUCUUUUUGAACCUCUUCGUCUGGUUCAAGGGAUCCAGCGGCGCUGUACCGUUCACAACCAUGCUCAUCACCGUUUUGAUAUGGUUUGUUAUCAGCGUUCCUCUUAGUGUCGCCGGUAGCUGGGUCGGAUUGAAGCAGCGAGCUAUCGAAGGCCCGACCAGAACGAACCAAAUCCCACGCCAAAUCCCACCAGUGGGUGGCUCCCUCCGCCCCAUCCCAUCAACACUUAUUACAGGCCUCCUCCCAUUUGCCGCCAUCUUCGUUGAACUUUACUUUAUCAUGCAUUCCCUCUGGACGAGUAAAAUCUACUAUAUGUUUGGGUUCCUCUUCCUCUGCUACGGCCUCAUGAUCAUUACCUCAGCGGCAACGACAGUUCUGCUCGUGUAUUUCCUCUUGUGUGCCGAGGAUUACCGAUGGCACUGGCGGGCGUUUAUUGGUGCGGGGAUGACUGGCGGUUACGUAUUUUUGAACGCCCUGGUCUUCUGGGCAACCCGUGUGAGCUUUGGCGGGUUGACAGGUGCAGUAUUGUAUUUGGGAUAUUCGGCUCUGAUAGCAUUUUUAGUAUUUAUUUUAACUGGAUCCAUUGGUCUAAUUGCAAGCUGGAUGUUCGUCCAACGCAUUUAUCGAUCUAUCAAGGUUGAUUAA